AUCUCACCUGUUUGCCAACCCGCCAGUCUGGUUUACGCGCCCGGUCAUCCGCCGGCUCUACAAGUGGCUAUCCCAGAUUUCCACCUUACGCGCUGCUCGCUCCUUUCUCUCGCGUACGCUCACUUUUUUCCCUCCUCUUUUUCCUCGCUUCCUUUUCUUUCCUUCUUUCUUUCCUUCCUUCCUUCCUUUCUUUCGUUCCUUUACGUUAUAUUCUCGAUUCUCUUCUCUCGCGUUCGAUUUCUCGCCGCGUGAAAAACUCGUCGAGUCGACUUCAACUUCGACAAGGAGGGUGGACGAACUCGCGUUCGCGCGAGGAGGAGGAGGAAGAGGAGAAGGAGGAGGAGGAGGAGGAGAAGGAAGAGGAGGAGGAGGAGGAGCGUUACGGAUGAGAACGGAAGUGGCGAAGGGGCGAAGAAGCGUGGACGGAAACGGGACGAGGACACGCGGCGGCGAGGAGAGGAGGGACAGGGCGAUGACUUAAGUCACUCCCUGUUUGACCGAGGAGGAGGAAGGAAGGAAGGAAGGAAGCGGCGCCCCGCGAAUGGGGGGAGAAUCGAUACGACCGUGACGCGUAGAGGAAAAGAAUCGCGAGGAAAGUUCGAGCUGUUUUUUCUCUCUCUCUCUCCUCCCCGUCGCUUCGAGAUCGAUGCGUGCGAACAAAACCGGGCCUCGUAACAAAUCCCAUCCUCGUCGGGAACGCGAGGCGCCCCCGAAAACGAUUGGCCCGAUCAUCGUUUCAGCGUGAGAGAUAGAGAGAGACAUAGACGGAUAAUCGACGAGAUGAGCUUCUUCAACUCGUUGCAACAGUACGUGACGGACAGCGUGGCUAGCUUGAGCCUGAGCCCGAAGAGGUUCUCGUUCAGCCGCGAGGAUUCCGGGUCAAGCGCGACGGGAAGGAGCGGCUCGACGGGGAGCGUGACGAGCACCACCAACACCAAUUCGACGGCGCAACAGUCCACCCCUCAUGGGUAUCCAAAGGUGGUGCCACCACCUGGUGCCGCGGCCAGCUCCCACGGCCGCUCGUUGUCGACACGCAGACGAACUCUCGAGUGCACCUCCUCCCCCGGGCUGACCGUGCACCCGGCCGCGGGAAGUGGAUCUGGCACUACGUCGCCCCGCAGGGUCGGCUCUUUCCGAAGGAGCACCGGUUCCGCCGAUCGGCCCCCGUUGAUGUUCUGCCGAAGGAGGCCCUCCUGGCCGGAAGUCGACAUACAAGCCACCUCCGGAGUUCAAGAAACGGAUGGCUCCUUCUUCGAAAGUUUCACCGCGUUAUCUUGGAGGCAGGAAAACCGAAGGCUCGUGGUGCUUCAGGAGGUGGAGGCAAGGGCGAAGGAACCACCACCCCCGUCCAGAGAUACCGGUUUGACGUCUUCGCAGUCCUAUCGUUUCACCAAAAAAGAGCUGGAACAGUUGUACAUAGAGGUCCUGUACACGGUGGCGAACACUGUGGGAGCGAGCACAGGACAAUACGCUCACUACAAAGAGGAUCUUUAUAGGUAUGCCCAAGAGGCUUUCGGAGUCCCGCAGGAUCAACAUCGGCGAUACUUGAACAUCGCCUCUGAGGAGAAGCCCCCGAUAGUUGUGCUGAGCGUGGUGGUGGUCGAGGCAGAGGGGCUCGAAGCGAAAGACGCGAACGGAUUCAGCGACCCUUACUGUAUGCUGGGAAUCCAACCGGGUAAUACCGGUGCACCGUUGAGUCCGCAGACGAAUUUAACGGCGCACUCGCCCCACACGCCCCCUGCGUCCCCCAGACAGGCGACCCGAGCCCUCUCCGACGGCGGUGAAACCGAGAAUUCGCAUCACGAGAAAUUGCGAAAGCAUCACAGUUUCAGAUUGUCGUUCAAGCGCAAAGAGCACACGAACAGGCGCGAGCAUCGGGAGUCGUUGAGCGGAGCCGUGCCAGCCAAGUUCAUACGCGCGACCACCGUCAAGCCGCACACCCUCAGCCCACGAUGGAACGAGAAAUUUCGUUUCGACAUCGAUGACAUCAAUACGGACAUUCUGCACCUGGACAUAUGGGACCAUGACGACGAGUCCUCGGUGUUCGACGCGGUGAGCAAAUUGAACGAGGUGCGGGGCGUGAAAGGACUCGGAAGAUUCUUCAAGCAGAUCGCGCAGAGCGCGAGAUCCGGGGGCCAGGACGACUUUCUCGGCUGCGUGAAUAUCCCUCUUCAGGAUAUUCCAAGCACCGGAUUGGAUCGAUGGUACAAAUUAGAAGCCAGAACGCAACGAAGCACUAUUCAAGGUAGAAUUAGAUUAAAACUGUGGUUAUCGACCAGGGAGGACAGAGGGACGUCCGAGGAAGACAAUUGGGGCGAGCUCAGGCAACAGGAGAGACUUUAUACAGUCUUUCUCAAUCACGAGAUGAACAAACAAGGGGAAGAUUUCACUGGAGAAUUGCCACAAACGGCACUAACGAUUCUUCAUCAACACGCCGUCCAAGGUGAUGUCACGGAACUGCAACAAGCGUUAGUCAGAUGGGUGGCGACGUCCAGGCAAUCAGCGUGCGACCCGAAGACCCUUCAUCGUCUUCUUCAGGAAUUGGACAACGUGUGGCACACGGAUACUCUGUCGCGAGACGAGGAGCAGUGUCUCGCGGAUUCUUUCAACGAAUUCCUCGAGGUCACGUUGAAAAAAGUUCGACAGCAUCGAGUGCUGUUCCCCCCAUUGCAUCGACCUUCCAUCUCCAAGUUGGAUUAUCUCCUCAGAUGUUUAGGUCUGUUAUCGAACAUGAAAGCUUUCCGAGCGUGUUGCCCGUUCAACAAGGAAAUUCGAGGAGAAAUAAUAACCGCGUUAAGGAAGGGGACCCUCGAAUGGUACGAGGACACGAGGCAGCAAACAAUGUGUUACGACAAGGAACCCGAUCAGGAUGCAGAUAAAGUCCUGCAGGACUUCACCAACUUGGUAACCGCUUUACUGGUGGACCUGGAACAAGGACUCACUUAUUAUAACAGCCUCUUUGAAAGCACGAAUGGCGUGCCGUAUUUCUCGGCGGUGUAUAAACAAUUGGACAAACUGCUGGCGGAACACGUGGCGAAACACAUGGAGAACACAUCCGAGAUGCAAAACGAGCUUGGAGCAAGGGUGACGACAGCUUGCCUUCAACUUCAUCAAAACGCGGACGAAGAAUAUGUGCUACCACCUGGAGCGGAAAUUGGAACGCCGAUGUUCGAGUUAUACCUGGCUCUGCAGGAUUUCGUCACCAUGAAGGAGAACCUGCCGCAAUCCGACCAUAAAACUUUGGCGAUUUGCAAAUAUUACGAGUGGUUCAGACCAGCUGUCGACAAAUGGUUGGAUCUGGCUAAAUUGAAGGCGAUUCAACGCGUAAGGAAAUCGGCCGAGCUCGAUCGAAUCUGUACCGGUGACUAUAUCGUGAAACACGGUACAUCUGCCAUUGAUGUUACAGCAUGCUUCUAUCAGAUCAAAGAAUUUUGGAAAAAGUUGGCCUGGCCAGAUCUUCCUGGAUCGUACAAUUUGGUUCUAAAAGUUGUCGACGCGAUAUGCAGUUCAGCAGCAUAUUAUGCAGAGAUCAUUCAUCAAAAAUUAGCAGAAAGCGGUUACUACGAAGAUCAAACACCGUAUAAGACAACAGACGAGGUAAUCGUUGAGAUGUGCGUGGCUAUCAACGGCCUUGAAUACGUUCGAAGAUGGUUGCUGAAAUUAGGCGAAGAGUUGCUCGUCGAAAAGCUUUUGACAGCCUUGGAGUGUCAGGCAGGCGAUUCUGCACGGAUGCAAUGGAGGAAUGCUUUGACGUCACCUUUGGAACAGACGCCAGGACAAAUGUUGCUGUUUAUAAAUCAAAUCGUUUCAAGAAUUGGCACGAAGAUGAGACCACCAUUGAAGAAAGCAAUGUUUCAUCUGGCUUGGUCACCAGAUAGUUUACCCACUUCGGAGGCUAUUGCACCAUUGCUCGAAUAUUUAGACAUGCACUUGGUAGUGCUAAACUCGGCUCUGCUCUCGGUAAAUUUCAAUCGAGUCCUUCAAGACAUCUGGGAAGUGGUGCUGGCCGAAUUGAGCAAUCAAAUGGAUGGAAAUGCGGGAGAUAAACCAGCGAUGUUCUACGAAAGACUUCACGAGGCUCUUGAUUUAUUAGUGAAAUUUUUCCACGAAGAUGAAAAAGGUUUGUCAUAUGAAGUACUACAUUGUCAAAGCUUCUUGAAUGUUGAAGAACGUCUUCAGUAUCACAAAAUGGAUACAACAUUUUUAAUUGAUCGAUUUUAUCGACAACGACUUCAGGACCAAUUAAAUACCGUAUCCUCUGAGUAUGGCGUUCUAACAGUGAGAGCAUAUUUAAAUCACGAUUCUCUAUGCGUAGAAGUUAUAAAUGCCAGAGACGUGAUACCGUUAGAUCCAAAUGGUUAUAGUGAUCCUUUCGUGAUAAUCGAACUGUUGCCACGAAGAAUCUUCGAACACUGUGCAGAGCAACACACCAACGUGAAAAAGAAAACUUUAAAUCCAAUGUUCGACGAAUGUUUUGAAUUUUCUGUGAGCGUGGAACAGUGUCGAAGUCCGGAUGCCAUGGUGCUGUUCACAGUAAUGGAUCACGACGUUCUCACAGCGAAUGACUUCGCUGGCGAAGCAUUCUUAGGCUUGAGCACGAUACCUGGUGUUACCGACACGAACGCCAGCAUAGACAAUUUCCACGGCCUCAAACACACCGAGUUACCUUUGAUGCAUCAAAAGAAUCGAAAUCAUCCGAUUCUCCAGAUUCUGGAGACGAGAGUCGGCGAUAAGAUGGCCCUCGACUUCGUGAAGAAGCAGAAGCAACGAUUCGCCUCGACGUAAAAAGGGGUGAACGAGAAAAGGAAACAAGAGAGCACCGCGGAAAAAGGAAAAUUUCGAUUAUUAAGCAGCGAUGUUAAAAAUUUCGAUCAAUCAAAAAAGAAAUUGGAAGGAGGGAGAAAAUGAAAAACGAAAAAAAAGCUAAAGGAGAAAAAUCAAAAUCCAUCCCCGCGGAAAGCUCGUCGACUCUCUUUCCCUCUUUCGAGGUGUUUCAGCCUUGAAACUCGUCUCAGUGUAAAUCGUGUUGAAUAUAAUCGGUGUUGGUAACUAAAGAAAAUUUAAAUAAACGGAAGGAAAAACAGAGAGAAUAUAUAAAAAAGAAAAGAGAGAGCAUAUGUAUAUUAUCAGAACUAUUUUUGUGUCGACAAGAAAAAAAAAAAAAUCCGAUCGCAAAAAGAACGUAUAAAAAGGAAGAAAAAUAUUGUUAAAAAAAAAAAAUCGUUUAAAUUUGUCAGCGUGAUGUAUCUAAGGAUAAAUGUUAAAAAAAAAAAAGAAAAAAAGAAAAAAAAAAGAAACAAAAAUACUAUCGUCGAGACCGUCGAAACUCGAAGCAAUGCUAAACGGCCAUGACACAUAGGAGGAGUCUGUUUCGAAAAACAGACUCUUUUUUUUUUUUCGAGAUAAGCGAAAGAUAAAAACAGGGGAGGCGAGCACGAGAUUUUGUUUCGAAUCUCGAUAUUCGUCCAUCGAGAAUCGAAAGAAAGUGUCUCCUUGCUCCCUUUAAAUUACCGAUAAAUAAACGAGAAAACGAUGAAUUGAUUUAUGUAAUUGAAUAAAUAUAUGUACACACUAUGUAUUAAAGUAACGAAAUAUUCAUCGCCGAUUCGCAUCGCCUCGACGAUUACAAAUCAAUCCCACAGAGAGUCGAUAUACGAUAUUUUUCUUACUCAUCAUUGGCUAAUGUCUCUUUCUAUCUUUCCACUGCGUCGUUUCUCACUUCUCGAACCAAUAUAAUCCUCACCGAUACCUUCGUCCGUGAUCUCGCGCACGUGUAAACGUAGGGAGAGCAAAAAAAAAAAGUAAACGUAAAUGUUUAAGGAAAAGUGUCACCUUGUUACCCGUUCAAGAUAAACCUGGAAGAAAAAAAAUCUUAUCGAUGGAUCGUGUUAACGACGAUCGAUCAUUGAUCUCACGAGAUACAUAUUUCGAAAAACAUUUCUCGAAGUUGUAAUGCGCGUCCCUUCGUGCACACGCGCGAGAGUUCGGAUUCUUUCGUCAAAUCUCGCACGACGGAUUUCGACCGACGUUUACGAAAUCGAAACGGGUUGAAAUAAUCAAUCUAAAAAAAAAAAAAAAAAAAAUAAACGAAUAAAAAAAAAUGAGAAUGGAAUUCAGAAAAGAAAGAAAAAAAAAAAGAGAGACAGAUGAAAAUUCGUAGAUGAACGAUGAUCUUGUGCCCGUGUUGCAUGUGUACGUAAGGAUGUACGCGGAUAAACCACACAUACACACACGUUACACGCAUAUGUAUAAUGAAUUUAAUCGAAUAAUUAAGAAAUACCAGCGAAAGUGUCUGUACACACACACACACACACCCCUUGCGUAUAUCUGUGUCCCUGUGUCGGGGAUCGCGGUGUUUGAUUUUGCUCGUACAAUCUGAAAUCUUUCUAUACAUCUGUUUUCCUAAUAAACUCCUCUCGACACGCCGCGUUUCGUGUCUCUAAAUCGAAUCGAUCGAUUCGACGAAAUUGGACGAGUAAUCAAAGACAUCGGAGAACAAAGCGCAGAGAGCGAAAGAGUUCCACCUCUUAUCGAACUUUUUCUCGAAUCUCGAUCGUUAGUUAGUUAGUCAGUCAGUCAGUCAGUCAAUCCUUUGAAAAAGAUGAGAAAGAUAGUAAGAGUAAGUGGUGGGGAUAGAUCUAGGGAAAUUAGAGCGGACAACGAUCGAUUGGCGACCAAAAAGUAGCUAGAACACUCAGUAUGGGGAAAUAUGAACGACAAAACGCACACUCGUCAAUUUUUCUAUUGCACCAUUUAUUCACGCGCGUCUCGUUUGCGUCUACAUACACACGUACGUACGUACACACGCGAGAAUAAUAAUAAUAAUAAUAAUUAAAAAAAAAAUAAAAAAAAAUAAUAAGAAACGAAUAAAAAAAAAAAGAAAAAUGAGAAACUUGAGGAGAAGAUCGACAAGACAUCUUCGUAUCUCGCGAACGCCUUCGAAAAAUAUAAGAGGAUAAGAAAAGAAAUAUGUGAAAA